UUUGUGCCUCCUCUGCCCACAGCUGCUCCAAGUGACAGCUCCCGCUGGGAAGAUGCACUGGUGGAAAGUGAUGGCAGCCCUUCUGCUCUGCUCACUGCUGCUCAGCCAGACCCACGGCAUGUCCCUGGCCCUGGGCCAGCCCCGCAGUCCCCGGCAGCGGAGGAUGACUCCCUUCUGGAGAGGAGUGUCCCUGAGACCCAUCGGAGCCUCGUGCAGGGACAACAGCGAGUGCCUCACCAUGCUCUGCAGGAAAAAUCGCUGCCUCCUCUCCACAGCCUCAGCAUGAGCUGGCACCAAGCACAGCCUGCACUGUUACUGCUGACCAUGCUCCACGCACUUGGGAUGUAUUUAUUGACUGCUCAGGAGCUGGAAGGGCUUCGAGCAAUCAGGAUAUUUAAUAUUUCUGUCACAUGUGCUGAUAAAAGGACUUCAAGGAGCUCCAGAGCAUCUCCUCCCACAGCCACGCCUCAGGAGGCCUCUGGCCAAGCUCAAUAAAGGGGCUCUGCAUCUCCUC